UGUACUUCUAAAGAUAUUUUAGAGUUACAAUAAUUAUAUAAAAAAUAGUUUGUUUUGAAACAAUACCUGAAAUAAUGAAUUCCAAAGCCAUAAUAAGCAUUUUACUUGUGAUAUACUCCGUCGAAGCUCCACCUCCGAGGAGACAGGGGUGUCUUAAACCACUGCGUGGCAUCAACUUGCGUGUUCGGGCAGAUAAUAUGAUUGACUUGACAUACGAUUAUGACGAAAGAGCAAUGCAUUGGCCGGGAAACCCAGCUGGUUUUCAAUUAAACGAGGUUAUUAAAGGGUUUAUAGGCAGUUUUUAUGUUACGUAUAAUAUGAUGACACAACCUGAACACAUUGGAACACAUGUAGAUGCACCAUCUCAUUUUGCAGAAAAGGGUCUUACGAUGGAACAAGUCGACUUGUUUAAUCUUAUCGGAAAUGGAGUUCUGCUGGAUUUGAAAAACAAAGAAGGAUUUGACAGCGACGCAUUCAUCACAGUGGAUGAUUUUCUUGAAUGGGAACGAGAGAAUAAGGGUAGAAUACGUUCGGGAAGUAUAGUAUUGUUGUACACCGGCCAUGGUGACGUAUACUACGAUAGAUCCAAGUACGUGGGAACGAACAUUACUGGAGAAGAAGGCAUUUCCCAUUUCCGAUACCCGGGUCUCCAUCCAAGUGCUGCUGAAUGGCUGGUAACCAAAAGAUGCAUUGCUGCUGUUGGGAUCGAUACCGCCAGUUUAGACCAAGCAAAGUCGACAACCUUUGGAGCACAUACAACAUUGAGCGCACACAAUAUACCCAUAUUUGAGAAUAUUGCAAAUCUUGAUAAACUUGCAACGUCAAGAAGAAAAUUCAACAUUAUUGCACUGCCACAGAAGAUAGCUGGUGGGAGUGGAGCUCCAGUACGAGUAGUUGCCGUGAUGAACUAAUCUAGUUCAGAUCAUAUUGAGUUUCAUUAAAACCGAUAAUUUUAUGUUUUAUGUUUCAAGUGUUAAUUAUAUAUAAAUUUACAUCAAAUCAAAUAUAUAUAGUCCACACAGAAACAUUUUCUAAUUUUUAUUUUGUAUAAUGAUUUAUUGAAUUAUCGGACUCCUCUAUAGUAUUAGCGGAUUAUAUUAGGGACAACGACAUUGGUAGUUUGUUCAUGUUGGGAUAGUUUUGAGCAUAAAGUUCACGGCGUUUCUAAUUAUUACAAAAAUACAAGAUUUCUGGUGGUACUGGACUGGUUGCAAAUCAAGCUUUCGUACAUGCAUUUUUAACAAAAACAUCGCCUUAGUUAUAAAAUAAUAAAACACUGAAUCAUCAUUUUAAUUAUUUUUUAAAAUAUUAUACAAAGCACGUAGUUAUAAAAUGCCCCUAUUAGUAUUGCUCUGAACUUUGGAUGUAAUAUGGUGUAUGUUUUUUUUAAAACGAUAAUCUUCGACUAAUGGACGCACGGACUUUUAUUUGGAUGACGCUUGCAUUCCCCGCUUAAAAAUAAAUCAACUAAACCACGUAACAUAUUUUUGAGGAUUCAGACAUUUAUACACCCCUGGUAAUUUUGGGGAAUACUGUCAAGAUUUGUUCUUAACGAGUUUUCACUAAACCGAUUCAGAUGAAAGCUUGGCUAACCAGCCGAUUGCACAAGGACACGGAACUCUCGAAUGCUUGGAAUUUUCGAGGAAUUUCAUCGUCAUUCAAUGAGUAGAAUAGUAAUUAGUGAUUGCCAUUGAUGAUAAAGUGAUAUCAAUUAAACAUUUCGUACAAACAAAUCAAAUUUUAU